AAAAAUCAGCAAUGAAUAUUUGAUUCAUAAAUUGACCAAAAAACCCUAUAUCUCUUCCAAAUCUUUUGGAACCCUAAUUUCUACUUUGUCAAAGCGUCAGCUAAAAUUUCCUUCCAUCCUCUUCACGCAUUUAAGUCAAACCCCAUCACACCAACAACUACCAAAACCCUAUGUGUCAUUAGGGAUUAGCUGUAUGGCAGUAAAGCUGGAACUAAAAUCCCCAAUUCCUUCAAUCCAAAACCCUAACUUCCAAAACUCUCAAAUCGAAUCCGCCCCAAACCCACCACAAAAUUCAAUCUUUUCAAAUACCCAUUACACCUUUGAUCCCAAUUCCACUAUCUCUUCCUCUCUAAACCCAUCUUAAUGGCCACAGACGCCACCGCCAAGUUCCAAAACCCGGACUUUCUUCCGGUUCCACAGCCCCCAGAUUUCCACCCAGAGCUCAAUGUUUCAACCCACGAUGGCCUCCGCUAUUGGCAGUUCAUGAUUGCUGGUUCAAUCGCUGGUUCGGUUGAGCACAUGGCCAUGUUCCCGGUUGACACAGUUAAGACCCAUAUGCAGGCUCUCGGGUCGUGCCCGAUUAAGUCGGUCGGUGUUCGACAAGCCCUUCAGUCGAUUUUGAAGUCAGAAGGCAUUGCUGGGCUCUAUAGAGGCAUUGGUGCAAUGGGUCUUGGUGCAGGACCAGCCCACGCCGUGUAUUUCUCGGUUUACGAGAUAUGUAAGAAGUAUUUCUCCGGUGGGAACCCGAAUAACUCGGCUGCACACGCCGUCUCCGGCGUGUGCGCCACUGUUGCCAGCGAUGCCGUGUUUACGCCCAUGGAUAUGGUGAAGCAGAGACUGCAAUUGAGUAAUAGUCCAUAUAAGGGGGUGUGGGAUUGUGUGAAGAGGGUGUUGAGUGAGGAAGGUUUUGGAGCAUUCUACGCAUCAUAUAGGACCACGGUGUUGAUGAAUGCGCCGUUUACUGCAGUGCAUUUUGCCACAUACGAGGCUGCAAAGAAGGCUUUAAUGGAGAUUUCACCGGAGAAUGCAAGUGAUGAGCGGUUGAUUGUUCAUGCCACUGCUGGGGCUGCUGCUGGGGCCUUGGCUGCUCUAGUGACAACACCGCUUGAUGUGGUCAAAACCCAAUUGCAGUGUCAGGGUGUUUGCGGAUGUGACAGAUUUCAAAGUGGCUCGAUUAGAGAUGUAUUUCAAACAAUAAUUAAAAAGGACGGAUACAGAGGGCUCAUGCGGGGAUGGAUUCCAAGGAUGCUUUUCCACGCUCCUGCUGCUGCUAUCUGCUGGUCCACUUAUGAAGCCUCCAAAACCUUUUUUCAAGAACUAAAUGGGAGCAGUAAUAGUGGCAUUGUCACCUGAACUAGGGCAUUCAUUAUUUUGAUGUUGCAAUUUGGAUACCUCCAUAUAGUUGACAACUAGAAGUCUGCUUUACAAGAGUGAUGAGCAAGCAAGACGAGGCAUUUUUUCUAAUUACCUGGCUGUGGUCUAUAUCUUAAGUUGUUGCAGUCAGAGUAAUUGGUGAGUUGUAGAAUCCAUUUGCGUCAUAUACAUUGUCAGUUUUAAUAAUCUUAUUGAUAAACUCUUUUAACUAGUUUCCUUGUUGAUUAAGACCCCCCCCCCCCCCCCCCCCCUCUUAAAUCAUUACUGUGAUUUUUUUUUUUUCAUUUAAAUUUUGGCUUCAUAAUUAGUAAGGUUUAGUGAGAGCAGAAAGUUAAGGGCGGUUGUAUGUUAUCAGCAUUUCUUUUUAAAAGAAGUUAUUGAUUCGUGUAACGUGUUGUAUAAGCUAUCACUUGUCAGAUUGUUACAAUCUUUAUGGUAAAUUUCAGAUAUUUUGUUUU